AGCCUUUGUAGUUCUAGUUGAGAAUUAAUACAGUGUCAUAUCAUAUAAAUAUUUUGCUCAUAUGAAAAAAUGGCUGCUCGAGCAAUCAUUUUUCCGCCCAAAUCUCCCACUAUAAAUUGCUCCUCUCUACUCGUCUCUCUCCUCACUAGCUCUCUACCUGCAAAUUCUCACUGCAAAAAACACUCUCAUCUCAGCCAUGGCGAAAACCAUCUUCAUCUUGCUACUCUUAGCUCUCUUCGUCCAACACUUCGCUGAAUGCAGCAGCAGGGGAGCUAGCUCGGUGGAGAUUCUGCACACACAGUUAUUCAUGGAGAUGAAGAAGAAGAUGGCCUUGAAGAAACUGGUCUCGGACCACAGCAGCUCCGGCGACAAUGAGCUGCCGGAGGAUUGGCAGCUCAGGCGGGUCCCAGCGGGACCCGACCCGUUGCACCACAACGGUCAGGACCCGAAGAAGCCCCGAACUCCAUGAUCAAGUUUUACUUCCCACUGCCAUUUCUAAAGGAAACACAAAAAUAGAAAAGAUGUGUGUAGGUUUAAUGACCAUCUUAGGUGGUCUGUUUUUUUUUGGGUUAUCUAAAUCAGAAAUAUGUAAUAUGCAAUAUGCAAUAUGCAAGCAAUGCAGGAAGCAGAUUAUGUAAUAUCACUACUACUUAAUUUUUGCAAAAACCAACUUCUGUUUUAAUGAAAAUCAAAUUGGCAUGAACUCACAUUCAUGAUUCAUCCUAUCUAAUUAGACAAAUGCUGCAGCACCGGGUAGAUGUUUUUGGGUUAUCUAAAUCAGAAAUAGUAUGUAAUAUGCAAGCAAGGCAGCCACAUUAUGUAAAAUUACUACUACUACUUUGUGCAAACCAAUCUAUGUUUAUAUAUAACUGAAUUUCUGUUUUAAUGAAAAUCUUCCAAGAAGUCAAAUUGGCAAGAACUCACAUUCAUCCGAAUCUCAUUUGACAAAUGCUGCAGCAUCGCAAAGAUAUUCUCUGCAUCCGCAUGUGACCUAUCCGCAGCCACGAACUCGUGAAUGGUGCAAUCAAUCUCGAUCAAACUGACCCCGGGCUGCUUCUGCAGCCCACGAUCCUUCAUCUUCCUCCUCACCUUGCCCGCCCCGCCCCAGCUCCCUGUGGAAGCAUAGAUGUUCGCCAGCAGCACGUAGUUGAAGUGUCCGUUCGGAUCCAUGUCGUGGAUACGAUCCAUCACAGUCUCAGCCAAACCAAUCUCACCAAAAGUCCUGCACGCCGCAAGCAGAGAGCCGAACACAACCUCGUUUGGCUUCAUCGGCAUCCUCUCCACCACCCGCAUAGCCUCUCUCAGCCUCCCGGCCCGACUGUAGAGAUCCACAACACAUCCGUAGUGCUCGAUUCUUGGAGUAAUUUUGUGAGCUCGUGCCAUAUUUUCAAAGAGCUUUAGCCCCUCCUCGACUAGGCCGGCGUGGCUGCAGGCGGUGAGUGCUCCGGUGAAGCUCACGCCAUCGGGUUUAAGCCCUGAUUUCUGCAUCAGAUGGAAGUAUUGCAGAGCUUCCUCUGCAUAUGCAUUACACGCUAAGCCUACAAUUAUCGAGUUCCACGAAACUAAGCUUCGUUCAGGCAUUUUGUCGAACACUUGACGCGCGAAUUCAACGCAUCCGCACCUACAAUACAUAUCGAUCAAUGAAUUGUUAACCCUAAUGUUAUCCUUAAAUUGUUUGAUCCGAAAUAAAUCGAUGCAGCCAAAGCCCCAAUCCGAGCGUUCCUAUAUUAGCAACGGCAGAGAGCACCGAAACAAUAGUCACGAAGUCAGGAUCUGUUCCUGCCAAUUGCAUCUCCUGAAACCACCCUAAGGCCUCCUCGAAC